AUGAGUUAUCAACAACCCGACAUGUAUCACGAUCAUUCUGCGCGUUCCCCUGGGUCUCAGCGACACCAGCAACCCUUACACCGUCAACCUUCUCGUCAAUUCGAUGCCUACGGCCCCAUGCCGACCAACAUGUAUGAACAGGACCAAAUGCGGUACGAGUCCGCGCGCCUCGAGCGUUUGAACCCGUCUCUCCAGAACAACUCCUAUGGAUAUGACAUCUCGGGUUCACAGACCUGGAACCCCAAUGGAUUUGCUAAUGCACAAACUCUCGGGGGGAUUCGCUCCGCCUCGGCCAGUUUGAAGCCCAAUGCCCGUGGUCGUACCGGUCUGCCCACUGUAAGUUCGAUCUUUUCAACGGAUUUCCCCCGUUUUCCCGAGUCCGGAGUUAACACCCUUCCCAAGACGUGGUUGGAUCAGCAGCCAAACAUGCCCCAGGCUUUUUCGAACUUGGGCCCUGGUCCCAUUCAGAGCAGCGCCAUGCGACCGGAAGCCUCGGCUUCCUCCGCCGACGACGAUGAAUUGAUCCCAACUGCGAUUGUCAUCAAAAAUAUUCCAUUUGCCGUGAAGAAGGAGCAGUUGGUGCAGUUGAUGACGGAACUCAACCUUCCCCUGCCCUACGCGUUCAACUACCACUUUGAUAAUGGUGUGUUCCGUGGGUUGGCCUUUGCCAACUUCACUUCCGCCGAGGAGACGGCUACCGUGAUCGAGGUACUCAAUCACUUUGAGCUGCAGGGUCGGAAACUGCGAGUCGAGUACAAGAAGAUGCUCCCUCUUCAGGAGAGGGAACGGAUUGAGCGGGAGAAGCGUGAACGCCGUGGCCAGUUGGAGGAACAGCACCGUCCCAUGGGAGGUCCUCAACUCCAGACUCAGAGCUCCAUGUCUUCGCUCACUUCGCACAUCCCAGCUACCUCCCCGUCGCCCGUGUCCCAGCGUGGCCAGCGAAUUGAGGUGGACUUGAACGACACACAGACCCUUUCCUAUUACUCUCAACUACUCUUGUUCAAGGAGGAUACUGCCCGCGACUCCGUCAUCUUCCCUCAUAACCUCACUCCCUCCCAGCGUCGCACGGUUCACACUUUGGCUCACACUAUGGGCUUGGGUCACGCUUCCCGUGGCAGUGGCGAACAGCGCCAGGUCCAGGUCUUCAAGAUCCCUGGUGGCCCCAAUGCCAGUCCACCAACAUCCUCGAUUCCUCCUUCUGGUCAGUCGGACGGUGGCCGUCGCGGCCUGAACCGAGCGGCAACUAUCGACUUCAGCGAGGCUCGCCAAGAGGGUCCCGGUGCCUUCAACACCCUCCGUGGACAAACUUCGGGCUUUUUGGGCGUGAUGGAUCCCCCCGGUAACUUCGCCAAUGGUCAGAACUUGCGCGCUGCCAAGUCCUUCGCCGACCUGCGAUCCUACACCCCUUCGCCCGUGCCUUCCUCUGCUAGCUUCCCCGCUGCCCUGCAGUCGAAUGGUGCCCGCCUCCAGUACGAGGGCGCGCCCACCGGCACCUCCAACACCCCAACUCUCACUCCUGCCCAGUCUGGUUCCUCCCUUGGCAUGCAGCGUGAUGAUAACCUGCUGGUCAACAGUCUCGGAGGUCUGUCGCUCGGCACGGGGAUUGGCGGUCCUAACUCUAGCCCCCGUCGUCUGCGAGGCAUGUUUUCUUGGGAACAGGACAGCCAGCAAUCAAACGCUGGCGCCAUUGGUAGCAACCGCGGCAUGGGUAUGGGUUAUGAAGGCCAACAGGAGCGCAUGCCUGUCCGCCAACCCCGCGGGCCGACCCCGGACAAGGGCACCGGAUUCCGCCGUCAGAACGGCCACCAAGCACGCGGGAGUGAUGAACUCCGCACCACUUCCGGGGUAGAGAUCAUCGUGGAGUAA